ACUGAACACUUGAGAGUUUGGAGAGCCAUGUCUUAAGGACUUCAACUUUUUUCCUUCAGUCCAUUGAAAGUGACUUGUUAUUAGUGAAGAGGACGUUGUAAGGAUGAGUAAAUGUAAGAACUUUUCAGUACAUUUAACAGUCCUUCUAUUUUUGCUUCAGCUUCUUGAACAAAAUUCCUGGGCAGAAACAGAGCCGGAUCAAGGAGAAACACCGGAUGGAGCUUCUACGUUAGCAUUUGUUUUUGAUGUCACCGGAUCCAUGUACGAUGAUCUAGUCCAAGUAAUAGAGGGAGCAUCAAAGAUUUUGGAGACAUCUUUAAGCAGACCUAAGAAACCUCUGUAUAAUUUUGCACUGGUUCCUUUCCAUGAUCCAGAAAUUGGUCCAGUCACAAUCACAACUGAUCCAGAGACAUUUAAGAAUGAACUUAAAGAAUUAUACGUGCAGGGCGGUGGUGAUUGUCCGGAGAUGAGUGUUGGAGCUAUUAAAAUUGCCCUGGAAAUAUCUCUUCCUGGAUCUUUUAUCUAUGUGUUUACGGAUGCAAGAUCAAAGGAUUACCAACUUGCCAAUGAUGUCCUACAAUUAAUACAACAGAAACAGUCACAAGUUGUGUUUGUACUGACCGGAGACUGUGAUGACAGAAGUCAUGUGGGUUACAAGAUAUAUGAAGAAAUUGCCUCUACAAGCUCUGGCCAAGUAUUCCACCUGGAUAAGAAGCAAGUUAAUGAGGUAUUAAAGUGGGUAGAGGAAGCUGUUCAAGCCUCAAAGGUUCACCUUGUGUCGACAGACCACUUGAAUGGCGCAUUACACACCUGGGAAAUUCCAUUUGAUCCAAGUCUUAGGGAGGUUACUGUGUCGCUAAGUGGACCUUCUCCAGAUAUUGAACUCUAUGAUCCACUUGGGAAGCAGAUGAAACCAGACACAGGCCUAAAUGAGUUGCUAAAUAUAUUCAAUUCUGCCAAGGUGUUAAAUAUUAAAGAACCAGUGCCUGGUAUUUGGAAAAUUAAGACAUCAAGUAAUGGUCGUCAUUCUGUGAGAAUCACUGGAGUCAGUACUAUAGAUUUCAGGGCAGGAUUUUCAAACCAGCCUACCUUAGAUUUCAGUAAAACAUCCAGCAGACCUAUACAAGGUAUUCCCACAUACGUUCUCUUAAACACAACAGGCUUACAACAUCCAGCAAGAAUUGAUCAUCUAGAGUUGUUAACCACUUCAGGACUUCUUCUACAGACAAAUCCCAUAAAAUAUUAUCCUAAUAGAAUACCCCAUGAGAUUUGGAAUGUAACUGAAUUUAUUCCACCAAAGGAACAAUUUUUUCUAAGAAUAACAGGAUAUGAUAAAGAUGGCUACCUGUUUCAGAGAGCAUCCAGUGUUUCAUUUUCUAAUAUUGUGCCAGGACCUCCGAAAGUGUCAAUGUCCAAAGUAACGCCUGGCUACUAUCUACAACCUGGUCGUAUUCCAUGCUAUGUGGAAAGUCUUUUACCUGUGUCAGUGCAUUUUAGAAGGAAUGGCAUGAGACUUGGGAUAGAACAAUUAUUCCAAGAGUCUAUAGAAGCAAUCUGGGAAAUCGCUAAUGUGACUUCCUAUGAUGAGGGAUACUAUGAAUGUUUUGCUGUCAGCACAGCUGGAAGUGCACAAGCUCAGACAUUUCUAGAUGUAAAUGAACCCCCUCCUGUGCUUAAAGGUUCAAAUAACAUCACUGUCAUCACUGGAAAAGAAGCUGUAUUAAUAUGUGAAGUCAUAAGCGCAGUCCGUUUCAAUUUAACGUGGUGGAGAAAAGCUCUUGAUCUAAGACUGGCGAACGCGCCGGGGAUUCAUGUAUUAAGUGAUAACUCUCUUAAGAUAACAAGUGUGAACAUCAGUGAUGCCGGAGAAUAUGUCUGUUCUGCAUCCAGUGAAGGUGGAACAACUGAGGUUACAUCAUAUCUUAUUGUGCAAGAGCCUCCAAAAGUUGUUGUUGAUCCUAAAAAUGUAACAUUUACCAAAGGAUCUGGGAUUAAAUUAAAAUGCCUUGCAACAGGAUACCCUGCUCCGCAGAUAGUCUGGACUCACAAUGACAUCUUUGUCAGAUUCUCCACGAGAUAUAUAUUAACACAAGAUGGGACCUUUUUUAUAAAAAAUGCCAUGGAGAAAGACUCUGGAGUUUAUACGUGUCUAGCAGCAAACGCAGCUGGAAUGGAUAGGCAGUCGUCAGUUCUUGUCUACAUUGAGGCGCCAGUUGUGACAGUUGUUAAAAAAGAAAUGUUGGUUGCAGUUAAUGGAGAAACUACAGUGGAAUGUAAAACUACCGGCAUCCCAAAGCCCCAAGUGCACUGGUUUAAAGGUAAUUUACAAUUAAGUACAUCACCAUUAAUAUCUAUUGAGAACCACCUUGGAACUUUGACAAUUAAAAAUACAAAGUAUUCUGAUGCUGGGGAUUAUACCUGUGUGGCGGCUAAUGAAGCUGGAAGCGCAAGUGGCCAAGUGUCACUGAGUGUUGGCUCUGCACCUCUGCUCAUAGAGACUCCAGACGAUAUAGCAAUGGAUAUAGGAUCAGAUGUCACAUUGUCCUGCACUGCCCAAGGCAUUCCAGAACCAAAGAUAACAUGGAGAAAAUUAAACACCUCAUCAGCCUCUUCAAAGCCACUUAUAUAUAAUCAGAAAAGCGGCAUACUACAGAUUAACAACCUUUGGGUAGGAGAUGAUGGCACCUAUGUCUGUGAAGCUGAGAACUAUUUCGGGAAGGUUCAAUCACAAGUUACUGUUACACUGACUGGAUUAGCCGUGCCUAUAAUUGGAGAGAGUCCUCACGUGGUGAAUGUUAUUGAAGGAAACCAAAUCACCCUGCCUUGUGUACUCCUAGCUGGAAAUCCACUUCCAAUCAGACAGUGGCUUAAAGACAAUGUAGUGGUGGUUUCAAACCCCUAUGUUAGUGUCCGGACAGAUGGAAGUCUUCAUCUAGAAAGUGCUCACCUGCAAGAUGAUGGAGAAUAUGCAUGCACAGCGACAAAUGUUGCUGGCACAAGUAAACGAUUAACAACUAUCAAUGUAUACGUUAGUCCAAUUAUUCAGCAUGGACCACAAAUUUUCAGUACAAUAGAAGGAAAUGCAAUAUCGCUACCAUGCAAAGCCAGUGGAGUCCCUAAGCCAUCGAUUAUUUGGAAAAAGAAAGGAGAGACAAUCAUUCCGAACAAUGAUACUAUAAUCAUCGAAUCAGAUGGAAGUUUGUCCCUGUCUUCUCCAGGAGGAGAGGAUUCUGCGGAAUAUUCUUGCACUGCAGUGAAUGCUGCAGGUUAUGCAGCUCGUAAGGUUCAACUUACAGUCUAUGUAAAACCCCGAAUUGUAAGUCCAGAUAUAAUGGGAAUUUCCAAAAGUCUAACUGAAAUAUUUGUAAAAGUAGGUGAUAAUGUGAUACUUCCAUGUGAGGUAAAAAGUGUUCCCCCACCGUUCAUAACAUGGGCAAAGGAGGCGCAGCUCAUUUCACCGUUUUCCCAGAGGCACAAUAUCCUUCCAUCAGGUUCCAUGAAGAUAUUUGAAACUAGGGUCAUGGACACAGGAACGUAUACUUGUGUGGCUACCAAUAUAGCAGGAAAUGUAACACAGUCUGUAAAGCUUAAUGUUUAUGUCCCCCCAAAAAUCCAAAAAGGGCCUAAAGUGAUAAGAGCAAAUGUUCAUCAAAGCUUUGAAAUCACCUGCGUUAGCAAUGGCAUACCUCUACCGAAAACAACCUGGUUUAAAGAUGGAAGAAUCCUGGAAAUGAAUGAAACACUAAAGGAUACCACAUUCAGAGUGGAUAGCGCAGAACUCCCUGAUGCAGGACUGUAUACAUGCAUUGCUAGUAACCUUAUUGGCCAAGACUAUGCAAAUGUGACUGUAGAGAUUCGAGCACCUCCUACUUUCUCCAACCUGGAACCUCCUUAUGAUGAAACAAACCAGGAAAGGAUUUCAAACCAGUGGGUUGCAUUUCCCUGUCCAGCAAUAGGGACUCCAAAACCAGUAAUCAAAUGGUUACACAAUAACAAAGAAUUAACAGGAGCAGAACCUGGUGUUAAUAUUACAAAGGAUGGGACGCUGCUCAUUAUCAAUUCAUUGACGCCAUAUGACAAUGGAGAGUACAAGUGUGUGGCGGCAAAUGAAGUGGGCCUGACCGAAAAGAAGUACAACCUUAAAGUCCAUGAUCCCCCAGCUAUAAAAGAAAAGGAAAAACUGACAAAUAUCUCUGUUUUGUUAAACCAUGAUGUAAACUUGUAUUGUGAUGCCACAGGAAGCCCACCACCUCUCAUCACAUGGUAUAAUGGCACCACUCAGGUGGUGGAGAGUAAUAACGUUCUUGUACUAGACAAAGGAAAAAUAAUGAAGAUUUUGAAGGCUACUUACUCAGGAUACUUUACAUGUACAGCUACUAACAUUGCGGGGAGCUCUGAGAAGCAGUUCUUUGUAAAUGUUCUUGAUCCUCCUGAAAUUGCAGGCAGUGAAAGCAUUAGGAAUGUUUCUGUCAUAGCUGGAAAUGAAGCUAAACUGGAGUGUAGGGUGAAAGGAAAACCCUUCCCUCAUAUCCACUGGUUGAAAGAUAAUAGAUUACUUGUUGUGGGAGAUCCUAAUAUAAUCAUUUUGGAAAAGGGACAAGUUCUUUACAUAAAAAAUACACAUCCAAGUGACAGUGGAUACUAUAAAUGUGUAGCAUCUAAUUCUGCUGGAUCCCAGACGAAAGAAAGCAAAUUAACUGUGUUUGUUCCACCCAGCAUUAAGGAUGGAAACUCCACCACAGAGUUAUCAUUUAUAGUGAAUAGUGAAAUCAUCUUGGAAUGUGAUGCCAGGGGAAUUCCACACCCGACAAUGACAUGGAAUAAAGAUGGGGAAACAAUUCUUCCCAGUUCACGUGUCAUCUUUAUUAAGAAUGGCAAAUAUCUUCAGAUUUCUGAAGCUAAGAGAACAGAUUCUGGAAGAUUCACUUGCCAUGUGGUUAAUGUUGCAGGGAGCGCAGAGAAGGUGUAUGUACUCAAUAUUUUUGUUCCAGCUACAAUUGAUGGAGAUUUGCGUAGACCACAAGAUAAAAAGGUAAUCGCGGGUAAACCCCUCAUACUGGAGUGUGAAGCCCGGGGCCACCCAUUACCACUGAUAACCUGGCUAAAAGAUGGAGUUCCUGUGGAGACAAAUGACAACAUCCGCCUUCUAUACAAUGGCAAGAAGCUGGAGAUUAAAAAUACAGCGGAGCAGGACCAAGGACAGUAUACUUGUAUGGCUACCAAUAUAGCAGGAGAGACUGAACUCAAAUACAAUGUCCAUGUUUUAGUACCACCAAGCAUCGAAGAUACAGACAACCUGGGAGAAUACAUUGUCAUUGCCAAUAACCCCAUUGAACUGGAAUGCUAUGUUACAGGAACUCCUAUACCGACAGUAAGGUGGUUGAAAAAUGGAAUCCCACAUGACACUGAUGGCGAUGUUCAAAUUCAUUCAAAUGGACAGAAACUUGUUAUUCUAGAAUCAGAGUCAUCAGACAGUGGAUCAUAUGAGUGCAUUGCUAAAAAUGACGCCGGGGCCAGCAAAAAACUGUUUAGGGUCAAUGUGUAUGUUCGCCCUUCCAUUAAACCUGAACAAUCACCAAUAUCUGUACUAAUGCUCAGAUCUAUAGCAUUGCAAUGUAUUGCUACUGGAAUUCCUAGCCCACACAUCACCUGGUUAAAAAAUGGGCUACCUUUUAAUGUUGUUAAAGGAAAUAUCAGAGUGGAAUCUUUUGGCCGCAUUUUACAAUUCAAAAGCGCUCUACUAGACGAUGAUGGAAAAUACACGUGUGUGGCCACCAAUGGAGCUGGAGAAGUUGAGCAAAGCAUUGUGUUAAAUGUUUAUGAACCACCAAAACUAGAGCAUUCUGGUGAAGUUGUAUAUGAGACUGUGAUUGCUGAUCAGCAUGUGACUCUUGAAUGUAAGGCUUCUGGGAAACCUAAUCCAGUUUUGACCUGGUCAAAAGAUAACCAUCCGAUCAUAGCCACAGAGGAACCAUCAGUGACCAUCUUAGAUGGAGGGCAAAAACUACAUAUCACAAGCGCACAACCAUUUGAUGCUGGUGUAUACAAAUGUGCAGCAAGCAGCAUAGCAGGAUCAGCAGAUCUGACAUAUGUCCUGCAGGUACAUGUUUCACCUUCCAUUUUUGGUUCUAAUGAACCCUUCAUUGUGAUUGUCAACAAUCCUGUGAGACUAGAAUGUGAAGCCACAGGCUUUCCAGCACCUGGUUUGACAUGGCUAAAAGAUGGCAGACCUGUCUCCAGUUUCAGUGGUGGAAUUCAGAUUACUUCAGGUGGAAGGGUUCUCACAUUAACAAAUGCACAGGUUGGAGAUUCAGGGACAUAUACAUGUGUGGCACUGAAUGCUGCUGGAGAACAACAAAUGGAUUUUCAUUUAUCUGUGCUUGUGCCACCCAACAUCAUGGGUGAAGAGCAAAAUGUAUCAGUCUUAUUGAGUGAAACUCUUGUACUGAAAUGUGAAAGCAAUACAGUCCCCCCUCCUGUGCUGACCUGGUACAAAGACUGGAGGCAGCUGGUGACCAGACCUGGUGUUAAAAUUUAUGAAGAUGGGAGUGUUCUACAAAUUGAGGAUGCUCAGGUAAAAGACACUGGGCGAUAUUCUUGUGAGGCUGUUAAUAUUGCAGGGAAGACUGAAAAAAACUUCAAUGUGAAUAUUUUGGUGCCCCCAAAGAUCAAAGGUUCAGCGGAAGAAAGUGUUAAUACUGUGAUUGAAGGAUCGCUGAUAAGCCUUGCGUGUGAUUCCAGCGGCAUUCCAGCGCCUGCACUGACAUGGACCAAAAACGGUUCUCCACUUAAUCCAGAUGGGUCAGGCCGCAUUCGCUAUCUUUCUGGAGGUCGCCACCUUCAGAUCUCAGUCGCUAUGAAGAUGGAUGAAGCAGUAUAUACUUGCAGUGCUAUUAACUCAGCAGGGAUUGCGACACAGAAGUAUAAUGUUACCGUUUACGUGCGUCCUACUAUAUCUGAAAGUGGAAAGGUUCCCAUUGAAAUAGCAAAAAUCCAAGGAAAUAAUUUAACUCUUCAAUGUGACUCCAGUGGAGAUCCAGUACCCAUGUUGACCUGGCUGAGAGAUGGUACUCCUCUGCUUAGUGGAGAUGGAUUCAAACUCCUCAACAAUGGAAGAGAGCUUCAUCUAGAAAACAUUCAGCUCCUGCACUCUGGCCUUUAUGUGUGUGUAGCCCUGAAUUUGGCAGGACAAGCUGAUAAAAAGUAUGACCUGAGGGUACUUGUUCCACCAGCUUUCUCUGGAAAGUUUCAGGAAUACGAAAAUGUAAGUGUUGUGGAGAAAAAUCCAGUGACUCUGACAUGUGAAGUUUCAGGCCUCCCACCACCCAAAAUAACAUGGUACAAAGAUGACUAUCCUAUUACUUCUGAUCAACCUGCCCAAGUAAUGUCAGGUGGUGCGAUCCUGCGCUUUUUGCACACUUCUCUUUCGGAUGCUGGAAGAUACCGCUGUGUGGUUUCAAAUGCUGCUGGAGAGAAAAGUAAAAACUUCCAAUUAAAUGUACUAGUGCUGCCGAGAUUUACUGGGAAUAUGUUGGAAGAUGUAAAGGUAAAAGAGAAAAGUGAUGUGACCCUUUCAUGUGAAGUAACAGGAAAACCUACACCGCAGCUAACAUGGGUAAAGGAUGGGCAACCUUUGCAUCUGGAGAGUCAUUAUAGACUCAGAAAUGAAGGACAGACAUUGCAAAUUAAUGGUGCCAUGGCAUCAGAUGCAGGAAUAUAUGUCUGUAUUGCUUCUAAUUCAGCAGGAGAUAAAAGCAGAAGGUUUAGUCUUAAUGUAAUGGUUUCUCCAACCAUCCUUGGUGCAAAAAGUAAAGACUCCCCUGAGGAGCUGUCUGUCAUUCUCCACAGCUCAGUAUCUCUAUCUUGUCAUGUUAAUUCCCAUCCCCAUGCCUCCAUAACAUGGUUCAAGGAUGGAUUUCAAGUCAAUUCAAAGGAUAAUAUCAGAAUUCUACCAGGCGGCCAUACUCUACAGAUUUUGAAGGCUCAAGAAGACCAUUCUGGAAGUUACACCUGCAUUGCAGCUAAUGAGGCAGGAAAGGAUGAACAUCAUUAUAACUUAAAAGUCUAUGUUCCACCACAAAUUAAAAAAGAUGACCUUGCUAUAAAUGGAAUGUUUUCAAAGCUGGUGAAAGUCAAAAUUAAUACAAACUUUACUCUUGAAUGUGAAGUGAAGGCAUUCCCAACGGCUACUGUCACAUGGUACAAAAAUGGGCAGCCUCUUGAUCCCAAAAGUCUCUUGCAAAUUAGUGGCUAUACACUUCAUGCAGAUGAAGCACAGCUAUCAGAUACUGGACGUUACACUUGUGUGGCAUCUAACAUUGCUGGUGAAGAUGAAAAGGACUUUGAUGUCAUUGUACAAGUACCACCAACGUUUUCAAAGUUAUCUGGAAUUCUUCUAAAUGCUGACAUCAGUAUGAUAUCAAACAAUGGAGACAACAAAGAUGUUAUUAUCAACAACCCCUUGUCUUUGUAUUGUGAAACGAAUGCGGUGCCUCCACCCACAAUCAGAUGGUAUAAGGAUGGCAACGUUCUUACCUCAAAUGAUAAGGUGUUCAUAUUACCAGGGGGACACAGUUUACAGAUUGCAAGGACAAAUCUGGAGGAUGCUGGAUUAUAUACUUGUGUUGCUGUAAAUGAGGCAGGAGAAGACUCCCUACAUUAUAAUAUACGGGUACUUUUACCUCCGACUUUCGAAGGUAUCAGUGAAAAUUUGUCAGAGGAAAUUACAUCUUUAGAAAAUCAGACAGUAUUACUGAAUUGUACCGUGAAGGGUCAUCCUGCUCCAACAAUCACCUGGCAGAAAGAUGGGCAAGUAAUUGAGGAAGGAGGCCACUAUGAGAUUUUAUCUGCUGGAAGAUACCUGCAGAUAAAACAUGCACAAUUAACGGACUCUGGUCGAUAUGUGUGCAUUGUUGAGAAUGUGGCAGGAAAUGCCGAGAAAAUGUUUAAUCUGAAUAUUAAUGUUCCUCCAAGAAUUUUAGGUAGCAUUUAUGAAAACAUCACUGUUGUAGAAGAUAAUUUCAUUUCUCUGACAUGUGAGGUAACUGGAUAUCCCUUACCUUUAAUAAGUUGGGUGAAGGAAGGAAUUGUCCUUAGACCAGGCAAGCACGUUUUUAUUGUGCCAGGGGGUAGGAUUUUACAGAUUCAUCAAACCAAGUUGGCAGAUGCUGGAGAAUAUAUAUGUGUUGCUACUAAUCAAGCUGGAAAAACCAAGAAAACAUUCUCUCUUAAUGUGUAUGUGCAUCCUACCAUUGUCAGUGGCAACAGAGAUUUCAGUCCUCAGGUUAACAUAGGCAUUUCUACCUCUACAUUAUUGAAAUGUAUACCAGACGGAAUCCCAACACCUGUUAUAAACUGGUAUAAGAAUGGCCAACUGAUAACUGAUUCCGCUGAUGUUAGGAUUCUGCAGAAGGGGCAAGUACUGAACAUUGACAAUGCUCAGGUGUCUGAUACAGGAGAAUAUCAAUGUAUUGCAACAAAUGUUGUUGGUCAAGACAGCAAGACAAUUUUCCUGACUGUUCAUGUGCCUCCCGGGAUACAAGGACCACCAGUGGAGUAUCAAAUGGGGACAAUUAAAAACCCUGUUACAUUUUCCUGUGAUGCUUAUGGGAUUCCAACACCAACAUUAAUUUGGCUUAAGGAUGGAAGUCAAAUAAAUCCUUCAGACUAUUUGGAUGUCUACGUUCUUGCUGCUGGGAGCAAAUUAAAGAUAGAUAAAGCUCAGCUCUCCAGCAGGGGAAAUUACACAUGUAUAGCAAGUAACACUGAAGGCACAGCCCAGAAAGACUACAUUCUAACUAUUCAAGUUCCCCCUAGCAUCACUGGCUCUGGAAUGGCGAAUGAGAUCAAUGCAUUACCAGCAGAAGACAUCCGGCUGCUAUGUGAAGCCAGUGGAAUUCCUCGACCCGUCAUUUAUUGGUUAAAGGAUGGGAAACGCAUAAACAGCGACCUUCGCCCUGAAAUUGUUAAAACGCCUAAUGGAGAAGUAUUAUCCAUUGUAAACACUCAGACAUCCGAUAUGGGAAAAUAUACAUGUGUAGCUACCAACGAUGUAGGAGAAGAUGACAGAAUAUUUACUGUAAAUGUACAUGUUCCUCCCAAAAUUAUUGAUAAUCAGGAGACACCAGUAAAACUGACUGCAAUUUUGGGCACUUCAAUAAACAUUGAAUGCCUUGUAACGGGUGUCCCAACACCUCAGAUCAACUGGCUGAAGAAUGGUCUCCCACUUUUAGUAACGUCACAAGUCCGGCUUCUUUCUUCUGGACAAAUGUUGAGGAUUUCAAGAGUUCAGAAAUCUGAUGAAGGAGCCUAUACCUGUUUAACUUCAAACAGGGCCGGAGUGGACAAAAAACUUUACAGUUUACAAGUUUAUGUUUCCCCACACAUCGAUGAUGCAGAUAAGACUGAACAGCUGACUACUGUGAAAGGUAAUCCCACUAUAAUGUCAUGCCUUGCCAGCGGGCAACCUGUGCCACAAAUUUCAUGGCUAAAGGAUGGAAAAGCUAUAGAUCAUGGUGAAAGAAGAGGAAUGAUCCUGCAAAUUCUUAAUACUGAAAUGAGUGAUAUCGGAAGAUACUCAUGCGUGGCAUCCAAUGACGCAGGAAGUGUCAGCAAACAUUUUAUCCUCAAUGUUCUGGAACCUCCACAUAUUAAUGGAUCCGAAAAUACAGAAGAACUGUCCGUGGUCGUUAACCGUCAGUUGGAUCUGCAUUGCCAUACAAUGGGCUUCCCUCCCCCAGUGAUAACUUGGCUUAAAGAUGGACAAAUCCUUUCACAGACUGAGACUGUGCACUUUAUGAAUGCAGGACAGAUUCUUCGAAUAACCAGUGCCCAGGAAGAACACAAUGGGCUUUAUAGCUGUCUGGUCUCAAAUCAAGCUGGAGAAGCUAAAAAAGAAUUUGCUGUAACUGUCCACAUGCCCCCAAGUAUUGCAGGCAUCGGUAGAAUCCAUAAUAUUACUGUUCUGCAAAACAAGCAAAUCGUUCUGGAAUGUAAAUCAGAUGCUCUGCCAGCUCCAGAAAUCACGUGGAUGAAGGACGACAAACCAUUAGCGGCUAACUUCCGAGUGCACUUUUCACCCGAUGCACAAUACGUGCACAUUGACAGUGCACAGGUGGCAGACACUGGACAAUAUGCCUGUAUUGCUAGCAAUGUUGCUGGAAGAAACACCAGAGAAUUUCAGCUGAAUGUCCAUGUUCCUCCAUCAAUAAAAGAUGGCCCCGCACUAAUAACUACUUUCAGAAAUAAACCUGCUACUUUGGAUUGCGUGGCUACUGGCAUCCCUUCGCCUAGGAUAUCAUGGAGGAAAGAUGGCACUAUUCUGCAUGCAAACAGUGAAAGGUAUACCAUUUCAGGAUCUGGUUCACUGUACUUUCCACUAACAGACAUCACAGACUCUGGUCAUUAUGUCUGCUUGGCAACUAAUGUGGCAGGGUCUAGCCAGAGGAAAACUGAGCUUCUAGUAUAUGAGCCUCCAUCUAUAUCACCUGGUACCAAAAACAUCACGGUGGUGGUCAAUAAGCAAACAACACUGAGCUGUGAUGUUACAGGCACUCCUAAACCAUUGGUGGAAUGGAAGAAAAACGGGAACCUCCUUAGUACAGACAUCAGCCAGAAUAUUUACAGACUUCUUUCUUCAGGAUCACUCAUCGUGAUUUCUCCAACUGUAGACGACACUGGAACAUAUUUGUGUUCUGCUUCAAAUGAUGCUGGCCAUGAUGAACUUGAGGUCUCUUUAACAGUACUUGUGCCUCCUUCUAUCGCUGAUGAAGCUACAAAUAUCUUUGUGAGUAAAUCAUCACCUGCUCUACUCCCCUGUACUGUAUAUGGUGUUCCACACCCAGCGGUCUAUUGGUCAAAGGAUGGAAUAUUUCUCCCUGCUGAAGAAGAAAGCUUCAGGAUAUUGGCUUCUGGAAGCAUCGAGAUAGCACGUGCAGAAAUUAGUCAUGCUGGAACAUACACUUGCAAAGCAGUUAAUGAAGUUGGCACUGCACAAAUUAAUAUAAAUCUCCAUGUACAAGAGGUUCCUGUCAUUCAAAGUCAAGCCGAUUAUAUGGAAGCAAGUAUAAACCAUUUGGUUACUCUUUCAUGUGAAGCCAUUGGAACGCCUUCACCAACAAUGACAUGGCAGAAAGAAGGUGUCACUAUCAAAGCAGGAAGUCAUAACACUAUUAUUUCUAAAGGAAAACUUCAAAUUCUUAAAGUGAGGCAAGAGGAUGCUGGUACUUACACUUGUAUUGCUCAAAACCCAGCUGGUACAGCACUUGGGAAGAUCAAACUUAAAGUUUAUGAGCCACCAGCAAUAAAACCACAUCAUAAAGAGUACUCUGUCUCUGUGGAUGAAUCUUUAACAAUGCUCUGCGAGGCCGAUGGAAACCCUGAACCUGAGAUCAGUUGGUUUAAAGAUGGAAGCCCCCUUUCUGGACAGAGAAUAAUCAGCAACGGUGCUUUACAAAUAGCCUUUGUUCAGCCUGAUGAUGCAGGCCAAUACACAUGUAAAGCAGAAAACAUAGCCGGCUAUGACAGUUCUAACAUGACCCUAACUGUGCGGAUUCCACCCCAGAUUAUCAAAAAUGUUAAAGACUAUGCUGUGACACAUAGUGUCCAAGUUACCAUUCCCUGUACAGCACAUGGAAUUCCAACACCAACAAUAUCCUGGGAAAAGAACAAUGUACCAAUGGUAGAUACAACUGGCAAACAUGAGGUGCUGGCAUCUGGGGAAUUGGUUUUGCACAAUGUUGAGAACAAAGAUGCUGGUAAUUAUACAUGUACUGCUAUUAAUGAUGUUGGGAAAGAUUUGCAUACAGUAAGCCUAGUCAUCCACUAUGCUCCAUUUUUCACUGAACUGCCCUCAAAUGUGUCAUUAAAUAAAGAAGAAACGUUAAGGCUAUCAUGUAAAGCAAAAGGAAACCCUUUUCCCAAGAUAACAUGGGCUCACAAAGAAAAAAUCAUAGCAGCACAACCUGGAAAUAACCUUAUGAAUGAUUUGGUAAUUGAAAGGAUUCUAAAAGAGCAAGAUGGUGCAUAUACCUGCAUAGCAGAAAACACGGUGUCAUCAGUCAACACUACAGUAUUUGUGUUUGUGAGAGAGUCUCCUGUUCUUAUUGGGCCCCACCAUGUUAAUCUGACUGUGCCUUUGGGUGGCAAUAUUAUUUUAAACUGCAUAGUAAAAGGAAAUCCAAUUCCUAAAAUUCAGUGGAACAAGAAAGGGCAUGAUAUUCUGUAUAAUAAACGGUUUAAGCAGUUCAACAACGGCUCAUUAGCAAUUUAUAACUCUAAGAAUGAAGACAUUGGUGAAUAUACCUGCUUAGCUACAAAUGUUGCUGGCGUAUUGGAGCAUACCAUUACAUUGUCUCUGCAAAAACCUCCUAUGAUCACAAUUCAUCCAAUAGAUACUACAGUGAAUGCAGGUGCAACAGUGGUUCUAAACUGUCAAGCAGAAGGUGAACCUGAACCUGACGUUAUCUGGUCCCGUGUAACUCAUCCCAUCUCUGGAGAUAAUCGAUUCAUAAUACUAUCAAAUAGUUCUCUAAAAAUUGUUGCAGCUCGCAAGGAAGAUACUUCUGUAUAUGAAUGCAGAGCUACAAAUAUUAUGGGAUCAAUAGCUGUCAAAGCUUCUUUUACUGUACAAGUGCAUGGUGGAUUUUCGGAUUGGCUGCCAUGGCAAGCGUGUAGUGUAACUUGUGGCCAGGGAGUGGAGAAACGCAUACGACUCUGCAGCAACCCUGCUCCAGCUAAUGGUGGCCUGUAUUGCCAAGGAGAAGAGUCGGAAACCAGAAUCUGUCAAAAUAAAAUUUGUCCAGUGGAUGGAAGUUGGUCAGACUGGAGUCCUUGGGAAGAGUGUACAAAAACAUGUGGAAGUGGUAAAAAAACAAGAACAAGAACAUGUCAUGUUCCUCCAGGCCAAGAGGGAGGAAAGGCAUGUUUGGGAAAAGCUGUUGAUACUAUAGUUUGCAACACUGAGCCUUGUCCAGUUGAUGGUAUAUGGAGUUCUUGGCAAGCCUGGGGAGCAUGCACAAAGACAUGUGGUAAAGGAACCCAGAUACGUAUGAGAGUGUGUAAUAAUCCACCUCCAUCAUUUGAUGGAUCGCCUUGUGAAGGUCAAGAUACACAGACUCAGAUAUGCUCUGACAGACAGUGCCCGGUGGAUGGAAAAUGGUCAGCCUGGGGUAGCUGGACAUCCUGCAGUUUAUCAUGUGGUGGUGGACUUCGACAAAGGUUUAGAGAAUGUUCAAAUCCAGUCCCACAGUAUGGAGGUCACAAAUGUGAAGGGAAGGAGCAUGAAAGUGAAUUUUGUAAUGGAGAUUUAUGUCCAGUUCAUGGAAACUGGGGACCAUGGAGCGCUUGGGGAGCAUGUAGUCGUACCUGCAGUGGUGGACAGAUGAGGAGAUAUCGCGCUUGUGAUAACCCAGCUCCCUCAAACAGUGGCAGAGGUUGCACAGGUGCUGACACAGAUAUACACAAAUGUAACUCAAACAAGUGUCCCGUUGAUGGUAAUUGGGGUCCAUGGGAAGCCUGGAGUAAAUGCUCUGCUACAUGUGGUGGUGGCCAACAAAUUCGGACCCGUUUGUGCAGACAUUUUGUGGAAUCUAACAUUGUUCGCUCUUGCCCAGGGGACUCCACCCAACUUCUGAAAUGUAAUGUGCAAGCUUGCCAAGGUAGAGCUCAGUUUAUUAGAGGAACUCUAGUUGGAACCAUCAAUGACCUUGACAUUGGCACUGCAUUUCUCAAUGGCACAAUUAGCAACUCUCCCGAUUCACAUAAUCAAAUAAUAAAGGCACAAUAUAGCAAUAUCCCAAAAAGUCUUGGUCCUUCUAUGAGAAAUCUUGGCUCAAUUUUGAAUCCCAUAUAUUGGACUGUAGCAAGAGAAAUUGAUGAAGCAGUAAAUGGAUUUACGCUUACAGGUGGUGAAUUUAUAAGAGAAUCUCAAGUGGAGUUUGCAACAGGAGAAGUCUUGCGGAUCACUCAUACUGCCCGCGGCCUUGAUUCUGAUGGCUUCCUUAUUUUGGAUACUGUUGUAAAAGGAUAUAUACUCCAACUACAAUCAUCUACUGAUAUCAGGUUAAAGGAGUACACAGAAGAUUAUAUCCAAACAGGUCUUGGACAGCUAUACGCAUACUCAACAAGAAUGUUCUACUUGGAUGGAGUCAGUGUACCGUAUUCCUGGAAUCACACGAUCAGUUAUGACCCCAGCCAUGGCAAGAUGCCUUUCACAAUGGAGAUUUUAAACGUAUCUACUGUAGAAACAGAUUACAACUCUUUAUUAGAAACUCUUGUUUUUGAAAUGCGUGCUUCCAUCUCCAAAGGUGAACUUGGUAACCAGUGUCCAUCUGGAUUUAGCUAUGAUGUCUCUGGGCUCUACUGUGAAGAUGAUGAUGAGUGUGCCCACAACCCGUGCUCACAUGCAUGCUAUAACAUUAUCGGAAGUUAUUACUGUUCAUGUCCAAAAGGCUUGAUGAGUUCUGCAGAUGGGAGGACAUGCCAUGACAUUGAUGAGUGCACAUUGGAAGAUGCUGUCUGUCGUAAAAAUGAAGAGUGCAGAAACACUAUUGGAUCAUUUCAAUGUAUUCUGAAAUGUGGAGUUGGAUUCAGAACAUCCGCUAAUGGUCUAGACUGUAAAGAUAUUAACGAGUGCCAAGAAUUAAAUCCCUGUCAUCAGCGUUGCUUUAACAGCAUUGGAAGCUAUCACUGUGGCUGUGAUCCAGGUUUCUAUUUGAAAGGCAGAAGAUGUUUUGACAUGAACGAAUGUCGUCAAAGUGUCUGCAGACCUGACCAACUGUGCAAAAACACACGUGGAAGUUAUAAGUGCAUUGACUUAUGUCCCAGUGGACUUUCAAAAACAGAAAAUGGAUCAUGUGUUGAUAUAAAUGAGUGCAAAGAGGCCACACAUCGGUGUAAAAAUAAUCAAAUAUGUGAAAACACGCAUGGUAGUUAUGUCUGUGUUUGUCCACGUGGGUUCAGGUCUGAAGGUCCUGGGAAGCACUGUGUAGACAUUAAUGAAUGCGACAAUCAAGAUGUGUGCCAACAUGAAUGUAGAAAUAUUCUUGGAAGUUACCAGUGUGUCUGCCCCCCUGGUUAUCAACUCAUGGCCAAUGGCAAGUCUUGUCAAGAUAUUGAUGAAUGUCUUCUACAAAAUAUUCAGUGUGGGAUAAACCAGCUGUGCUUUAACAUGCGAGGAAGUCACCGAUGUAUUGAUACCCCUUGCCCUCCAAACUACCUGCGAGACUCUUCUUCUGGGUACUGUUUGAAGAAGUGUGCUGUAAAUGACGUGGAGUGUGCCCUCAGCCCAUAUGCCCUGCAGUACAAGCUGGUCUCCCUCCCAUUUGGCAUUGCUGCCAAUCAGGACUUGAUUCGCUUGGUUGCAUACACACAGGACGGAAUACUACAUCCCAGAACAACAUUCCAUAUAAUUGGUGAAGACCCCACGCUACCAUUCUCUAUACGGGAAGAAAAUAUGAAGGGAGUGAUUUUCACCAACAGACCCCUUAAAGAGCCUGAAACCUACAGAAUGAAAGUGAGAGCGUCAUCAUACAGUGCAGAGCGCAGCAUCGAGUACCAGACGACCUUCAUCGUGUAUAUUUCUGUGUCUCCCUAUCCCUACUAAGCCAGCUCUGGUCUCCAGUCACCUGUCCCGCUUCUCGGCAAUUUAAUACUUGAAAGACAUUACAGUCCACAAAAUAAUUUUAUUAAAUAAAUGUCAACAACC